AUGGCGGAUAGAGGCAGAAGCGACAGUUGCACUUCGGUUGAUAGCAUGAGAGGUAGCAAGAGAGUAGCUAGAUCGCCGGCGGGAGAGGACGGAGAGGAAUGGGAUAGGAAAUUAAGAGAUUGGAAAGAGGAGAUUGUUAGUAGCUUAAAGAUGGUUAAAUUAGAGAUGAAGGAAGAACUGAAGGAGAUUAUGGAGGAGCAGGGUAGAAAGUUGAGAGAAGAGAUAAAUGCGUUGAAAAAAGAAAUUAAUGAUUUCAAGGAAAGAGAAUAUAGAUGGGAAAGAGAAAGAAAAGAGUUAGUGGUGGAGCAGGAAGAGUUAAAGAGAAAGAUAGAGAAAAUAGAAGUAGGAGGAGAUAACGCAGUGGGAAAAAAGGUGAAAGAGAUAGAGAGGAGGUUAGAGAUGAAGGAAAGGGAGGACAGAAGGAAGAAUCUAUUAAUUAAAGGUGUAGAGGUCAAGGAAGGGAGUAGGAAAGAGGCGGUGGAGAAGGUGUUCAGGGAGAUAGGAGCAGAGGUGACUGUGAAGGGAGUUAGGAGAAUAGGAGAGGGGAACAAAAAAGGGAGAGAGAUGAUAUGGGUGAAGUUAGAGAGUGAAGAACAGAGGAAAGAAGUGUGGAGUAGGAAGAAGACGCUAAAAGGUAGGGAAGAAAGAAUUUUGGAAGAUUGGACUUGGAAGGAGAGGAGGAUGAGAUGGAGGUUAGAAAAAAUAGCAAGAGUAGAAGAGGAAAAGGGAAAUAGGGUAUGGUUAGGAUAUGGAAGGAUCAGGAUAGGAGAUUAUUGGUGGAAGUGGGAUGAAGAAGAGGAAGUCUUGAGGAAUGAGAAAGGAGAGUUGAGGAUAGAGGAAGGGGGGGAAGGGAAUGAAUGGGAUGUAAUGUUUUUAUCAGAGACAUGGGCGGACACAAGGGGUUGGGAAAAGAUAAGAGACAGGGUACCAAAGGGUUAUGAGUGGGGAGUACAGAAGGCUAGUAGAAAAAAUAGAAAAGGUAGAGCAAUGGGGGGAAUGGUGGUAGGAAUAAGAAAAGAGUUAAGUGAUAGAGAAAGUAAAAUAGUUGAAAUAGGAGAAGGGUUAGUGUCGGCGGGAAUUAAGAUUGAAAAGGAAAGUUGGAGGAUUGUAGGGGUGUAUAUAAAGGAGGAAGGUAGGGAAGGAGCUAUGCAGUUACUGAGACAGAUGAUGGAAUCAAAGGAUGGAGAGCGAAGGUGA